AUGCUCUCCAUAUUCAACAAGCUCAAGUCCGAGAAGCCCUCGAAGAAGAAGGCCACCACUGCUACUACGGCCUGCAAUCAGCACGCCCCCAGCCGCUGGGGUGGCUGCAACUCUGACGGUGGUUGGGAUGCAAAGGAGGUUGCGUGUGAUAAGGAAGCAGGUGCGUGUGGAGGCGGUUGCGGCGGAGGUUGCGGAGGCGGAGGGUGCGGUGGAGGAUGUGGUGGUGGUGCGAAGUAG